UUUAGAUUGUUCCAAUGGAGCCACUUGCUACAUGAUGUGACAGAGACAAAAAUAAAAAAAAGAAACAAUAAUAAAUUUUAUCUGUCAAACUGUCAAACAUUCUUCUAUUUUGUAAAUAAAUAAUAUUGUUGUUUUAUAUAAUAUUAAUAAAAUGAUGUCUGAAAAAGAUUUUGCACCACUUAGUCCAGCUUGUGUACGUAUGUUAAAUGAAAAAGUAUAUGAUAAAAGAAAACCAGCAGCACUUGAAAUUGAAAAAAUGAUUAAAGAAUUUUCAGCAAGAAAUAAUACAGUACAAAUAAAACGUUUAUUAAAAGUACUUGGACAAGAUUUUGCAGCAUCACAUAAUGCAAAUACACGUAAAGGUGGUUUAAUUGGACUUGGUGCAAUAUCAGUUGGUUUAGGAAAAGACAGUGGUAAAUAUAUUGAUGAUUUAAUACAUCCAAUAUUAACAUGUUUUAGUGAUCCAGAUGUUAAUGUACGUUAUUAUGCAUGUGAAAGUCUUUAUAAUGUUGUUAAAAUAGCAAGAUGUGAUGUAUUACCAUUAUUUACUGAUAUAUUUAGUGGUAUAAGUAAAUUAUCAUGUGAUCCAGAACAACAAAUUAAAAAUGCAACAGAAUUACUUGAUAGAUUAAUGAAAGAUAUUGUAACUGAUUCUGGUAUGUUUGAUUUACGUGCAUUUAUGCCAAUAUUACGUGAACAAAUAUAUACUAAAAAUCCAUUUGGUAGACAAUUUUUAAUAUCAUGGGUAUCAGUACUGGAUGCUGUACCAGAUAUGGAUUUUAUAAUUGAAUUACCAGAAAUUCUAGAUGGUCUAUAUAAAAUACUUGAAGAUCCAACACCUGAAAUUAAAAAAAUAACUGAUACUGUAUUAAAUGAAUUUUUACGUAGUAUUAGAGCAAAUCCAACGAGAGUUGAUUAUUCUGGUAUGAUUAAUAUACUAAUAACACAUGCACAAAGUAAUGAUGAGUUAUUACAAUUAACAGCUGUAACAUGGAUCAAAGAAUUUAUUAAUUUAUCUGGUAAAAAAAUGUUACCAUAUACAUCUGGUAUAUUAACAGCAAUAUUACCAUGUUUUGCAUAUGAUGGUGAUAAUAGAAAAUCAAUAAAAGAUACAGCAACACAAGUUAAUCAAUUAUUAAUGAAAUUAAUAACAUCAAAAGAUUAUAUUGUUGAUAAUAGUGAUGAUAAAGAUGAUGAUAAUAAUAAACAUAAUGUUGUUGUUGUUGAUGAUGAUGAUGAUGAUACAAUACUUGGUGAAAAAUUAGAUCUUGUUAGUGUUGUUGAAGUAUUGACUAAAAAUUUAAUGCACACAUCUGUACCAACAAAAGUUGUUGUACUUAAAUGGAUAUAUUGUUUGUUUAUAAAUAUACCAGAUAAAAUGAAUAAUCAUAUUGAAGAUUUAUUUAUUGUAUUGAUGAAAAUACUUGGUGAUUGUGCUGAUGAUGUUACACAACAAACACUUGUUGUAUUUUCAGAAAUUAUUAAAACAGAUAAUAUUAAUUUAUCAUCUGGUAAUAAUAAAUAUUUUACAAAAUUUAUUAUUAAUUUAUUAAGAUUAUUUUCUAAAAAUAAAACUCUAUUAGAAGAAAGAGGUGCAUUUAUUAUUAGAGAAUUAUGUGUAUUAUUAAGUGCUGAAAAAAUAUAUCGUAUUAUGGCGGAAAUAUUACUUGAAGAAAAAAAUUUAAAAUUUGCUUGUGUUAUGAUACAAGCAUUGAAUGUUAUACUUUUAACAAGUUCAGAAUUAUUUGAGCUAAGAAAUAAGCUUAAAGAUUUAAAUUCAAAGGAAAGUCAAAGUUUAUUUGUGUGUCUUUAUGAAUCAUGGUGUCAUAAUCCAGUAGCAACAGUUGCACUAUGUCUUCUUGGACAAAAAUAUUCUCAUGCAUGUGAUCUUGUACGUUCAUUUGCAAGUAUUGAAGUAACUGUUGAAUUUUUAACUGAAAUUGACAAACUAGUACAAUUAAUUGAAUCACCAAUAUUUACAUAUUUAAGACUUGAAUUAUUAGAACCAGAAAAAAAUGAAUAUUUAGUUAGAACUUUAUAUGGUUUAUUAAUGAUAUUACCACAAAGUGAUGCAUUUUUAACAUUACACAAAAGACUAGCUGCAAUACCACCAACAAAUUCAUUAAGAAAUAAUAAUAAAAAUUCAAUAAUUGAUCAUAAUUUUAAACAAAAUAAUGAUAUUGAUUUUACAAUGUUAUUAAAACAUUUUGAAAAAGUACAAGAUAUGCAUAAAGAACAUAAAAAAAGAUUAAAAAAAUUAAAUUUACUUGUUGACAGAGAUUCCAUUGCAAAUCAAUUUAAUGAUGGUAAUUAAUUUUAAUAUUUAAACUAUAUUUUAAUUUUAUUUUAAAAAAUUUUAUUAUAUAUUUAAUAAAUAAAAUAUUUAAAUAACA